AUGAGUGAAGAGGAUCCACAAAAGAGAGAUGAGGGAGUUGUGGUGAGAAAUGAGGGUGAGUUUGAAAAUGAAAUAGUUGAUGUUGAGAGAAAGGAGCCACAAAGUAAGAAUGAAGGAGAUGAGGAAAAGAGUAGGCUUGAAGAGAGUGCAACCAUCUCCCUUCCUAAGGAGGUGAGUGCAAUCAUUCAAAACAAGCUUCCUCAAAAGCUUGGUGACCCCGGUAGCUAUGCAAUACCGGUGAAGAUUGGAUACUUGGAGGCUAUGGAUGCUUUAUGUGAUCUUGGGGUAAGUGUGAGUUUGAUGCCCUAUUCUAUUGCUAAGAGUUUGAAAGUGGGAGACUUGAAGCCAACAAGAAUGUCCUUACAAUUGGCCGACCGCACGGUUAGGCUACCUUUGGGAAUUCUUGAAGAUGUGCCGGUUAAAGUUGGAAGAGUAUUUGUGCCAUGUGAUUUUGUGGUAAUGGAAAUGGAAUAA